AUGGUCAAAGUGUACAAUUUGCAACGUAGGACGGAAACCUUACCGACGGUGCGUCGCACUGCUCCUAAUGCGGAGGAAUUGGAAUAUCAGAGUCACUUGUCGCGCCCCGCUGGUGCCGGUGACGGUGAGCCAACUCGUCGAGUUGAGACCAUCACAUUUGACAUGGAUAACGUAAGUCCGCCUGUGGCCAACAUGUUCCGCCGGCUUAUGCUUACUGAGGUGCCAGUUUUCGCUUUCGACCGAAUAUUGAUCGAACAUAAUGACGGUGUUGUCCCGGAUGAGCUUCUUGCGCACCGCAUUGGCCUUGUUCCACUUGCUGGACCCGUUUCAAGCAUGCAGUACAUAACCGAUAGUGCCUCCGUUGGAUUUGACAACCUUGACCCGGAGCGCGUUUUGCUAUUCGAGUUGGAUGUGACCGCAAAACGUGACGUGCCGACGACCAGUGUAUACAGUGGCCAUCUCAAGUGGCAGCCCAUUGCUAAACAGGAGGAACUGGCUGCGAGGAGCGAGGAUGAUCGCGUGUUUUUAGUGCAUCCAGACAUUGUUCUGACACGGCUGGGGCCUGGGCAGCGCUUAAAGUUGCGUGCCAUUGCCAUUAAAGGAAUUGGUGCUGUGCACGCAAAGUGGACGCCUGUGGCCGCUUGUUUCUAUGAAAUGAAACAAGCCAAAGCGGGAGCGGAAGACUCUGACGGUAGAGCUUCUGGUCGCGGAAGGAGUCGUUCGGGAAGAGGUCGAGUAGACGCCAACGAGGAGGAGAGCAAUGCAACACGUCCCCGCUCAGCAUCCGGUAAUCAUUCUCACGAACCGCACAGAGAAACUGUUAACGAAGUUAUUGCUAAAAGGGACACAUCCUCCGUACGCUUUACCGUUGAAAGUAUCGGACAGUUGUAUGCCGUCGAUGUGUUUCGGCAGGCUCUUAUAUUGUUUGCCGAACGAAUUCGCGAUUUGGCGGUUCGAAUCCGCUCUACAGAACCGAGAAUGACUGGCGCAGCAGCCACUGCGUUUACGGAAUAG